AUGUCUUCGCAUGUGGUGGUAAUCGGCUCGGACCUGCGGAGGGCCACCGUCAAGGUUAGCCCAGGCACCUAUAUGACAGAUGUCCUGCAAGAGGCUUGCAAGAAGCUGAACUUGUCGAGCGACAAGUACAUCCUCAAACAUAAGCAAAAGACCGUCGAUCUGUCUAUCGUCUGGAGAGUAAGCGGUCUCAGCCCCGGCGCCAAGCUUGAGCUCGUCCAGAAGUCGAACACUCCCUCCGCCGUCUCGGUCGCCCUCCAACUGCCGAUGCCCGAAGCAAACACAGCGCCGAACGGGCGACUGAUUGAGAAACUCCCGAGCGACUUCACGAUAUGGAAGGUUCUGCGCCAGUUCGAGAGCGGUGUUAGCCAAGGCAAGAACCUCAACAUCACCGCGCGCGGCGUCGCGCAGACGACAAGCGGAGGAGCAACUGGCAGCGGCCAGAUGUACUACGAGACGCCAGUGCUCAACAUCAUGGGUCGAGAGCUGGCGACGUUCGAGGAUUUCCAGAAGACUCUGUCGCAACUUGGAUACAACUCAGGCAGUGUCCUGAUUAGGCUGUCCUUCCGAAAGACGGAGCAGACUUUGUUUGACGCCAUGGAGCAGAUCAUUCAGUUCUUCGCCGAGGUUGAGGCCGAGGCGAAGAAGAAUAGUCAGGUUGAGGCUGCCGCCCUUGAGCCCGCGACGCAACCGGCGCCGACUGAACAAGCCGCCCAGACUGCCACCGAGGAAGCGCCCACAUCGAUGGAGGGUACGGAGGACUCACAAAACCAACAAACAAAAGAAGCGCCGCUCCAGGAGGCGGCGAACCAGGCAGCGGCAGAGCCUGAAGCAAUGGACGUGGACCCAGCCGAACCUCUCGAUCCUUUGCAACCCGUCAGUGUUUUCCGGGCGCCGAGCGGCACAACACCAGCAGCUGCUCUUGCGGAUGUAUCAGAAAACGACUACACGCCGACGAUCGCACAUGCACAACUACACCAGGCUCGACUUCAGCAAAGCUCCCAGAACAAGAGGCUUCUAUCAGACAGAGAACUGGAGGCACAGGCUCAGGCAGAGGAGGCAAAGCUAGCGUCCGUUUCGAAAGUUGUCGUGAAAGUAAGAUUUCCCGACAACACCUCUGCUCAGUGGGAGUUCGGCCACGAGGCCACCGGCGCCACGCUUUACCAAGGAGUGAGGCAAGCAAUGGCACACACGGGUCAAGCUUUCAGACUGGUGAUUCCUGGCAGCAAAACCGUGAUCAAGGACGAGAACACGCCCAAGAACCGGCUCAUCCACGACUACAAGCUCACACGUAAUGUUCUUCUGAGCCUGGUUUGGGAUGACAGCGUGCCGGCGGAUAUUCGCAAGAAGCCUUUCCUGAAGGGUGACAUUGCGCAGAGGGCCAAAGACAUUACAGUACCAGACGUACCCAAGUACGUAGAUGAGAAAGACGACGGUCAGAAGGCGGCCGCAGCGGCUAAGCCAGAGAAGAGCGAGGUAGGUGAGGGUAGUGUGGCCAAGAAACUACCCAAGUGGCUUAAGCUCCCUGGAAAGAAGUAG